AAACUACUACUGUCUUGCACUUGCACCGGUACUUCAGUGUACGAACAAAAUACUAUACUGUAUUAGUGCAGUUGCGGAAUUAUUGUUCCGUGUUGUGUGGGUAAUCCUUGGACGGGCGCAGAACAUUAUCGACAAGUUAGCUAGUUGCAGAACAUUGUUGAAGUGAUCAAGUGGUCGAGCAUUGUCGAAGUGGUCGAGAAUUGUCGAAGUGGUUGAGUAUUGAUAUUGUGCAGGACCAGGAAGCACCUGUUGUGGAGGUGGGCUCGGAGCAGCAGCAGAGCUAACCGCUGCACUGACUGUGACCACCCGUCUCUAGUCUGCACCGUACCGCCCGGCAAAGCAGAAGGCGAGGAGAGCAAGUAACAGUUAGUCGUGGUGUUCUACAGCACAGUACUGUAGUCAUGUACAUGUAGUAUGUAGGUAGGCCCGAUGAUCAUGGUUAGUGUGACCAUGGUGACAGGGUGCAGGUCCGGCCCAUCACAAUGUCCAAUGUACUUAGUCUUUGUAGUGUUGCUGGUGGCUGCCAUCUUGGUACUUGUGCAGCCACACAUACACGUGGGAGCUCAGUCUACCAGCAAGUCUACAUCCAGCCCUUUAGUAGUCCCCACGGUAACCAGCCCGCCAGUACCGAAGGUGGGUUACAACUGCAUUGCCUGUGACAGUUGUAUCUUUCAAGAGACUGGCACGCUUCCCUGCUUCGGCGUGUUUGUGAAGAGGAUGCGGUGUGCACAAGACGAGGUCUGCAUCCUCGCCAAAGAUGAGUACCCGCGUUUGCGCUACUAUUCCGGAUGCUUCAAAAACACAUCGAACGUGGCAGUGGAGAAGUGUAAGCUGCCGCUGCUGCAGGCUCAGCCCAUCUGCUGCAAUGCAAUCCAACCUGGAGUUGCCACAGGCAGUUGCACAGGAUUAGAGAAAGCACUAGCGAUAAACCGCUACGAUUGUGGACCUGUUGUAACAACAAUACCUCCGACCACAAUACCUACGACCAUAAUACCUACGACCACAAUACUUCCGACGACAAUACCUACGACCUCAAUAUCUCCGACGACAAUACCUACGACCACAAACAUCCCCACAAGCAGCUCCAUAAACAUCCCCACAAGCAGCUCCAUAAACAUCCCCAUAAGCAGCUCCAUAAACAUGCCCGGCAUCCCCAUGAGCGGGCAAGGCGAAAUAGUGACCGCCAGUCAGCUGGAUGGUGGGAUAUCAGAAGUGCAGCUCAUCAUAGUCUUGGUUCUCCUCACCUGCCUCAUCAUAGCACUUACUGGAUUGACGUUGAUGCUGUGCACUCAAAAGCCAGCAUGCUUCAAGAAAGCCGUCACCAGACUGGCUCGUUCCAGGCUGCCCAAACCGCCACCUGAAUGCGCGGAGCAGAGAGUAGAUGAUAAAACGGCGAACCUGAAUACGCUGGCAAACCUUAGGUUCGAUAUUGACCUUGGCCAUCAGAUUGCACGCGGCCGACAGUUUGACUGGUAUCUUAGUGUGUGGAGAGGAGACCAAGUAGCUGUUAAGGUCUUCAAAACAGCCGCAGAAAAGCUGUUUGAGCAAGAAAUUCAUCAUUUCAGCACGUACAUCCUGCAUCAUGAGAACAUUGUUGAGUUUCAUGACAAUGGCCACCUGUGUGCUGGUAACACCGUUCACCCGUGGAUGUUCUUGGCGUAUCAUCCGCAUGGCUCACUGUUCGACUUUCUCUCGUGCCGCUCUGCUCCCAACAUGCCGGCGGACGAGCUUGGACUAUCGGACAUGCAACGGAUGAUCUCCUCCAUAGCCACUGGCCUGUCGUAUCUCCACUGCUCUGCGAAGGACCGCGCUUUCGGCUGCAAGCCGCCCAUUGCGCAUCGCAACCUGAAGAGCAAGAACAUCUUGGUGAAGCGCGACGGGACGUGCUGCAUUUCCGACUUGUCACUGGCCAUCAGUCAGGACAGGAAGACAAAUGGCAUGCACUAUGUUGAUGUGCAAGAUCUGAAGGCUGGAUCAACACGCUAUAUGGCACCGGAAGUGCUGAGUGAAACCAUCAAACUCGGCUCUUUUGAACAGUUUUUGAUGGCCGAUGUCUACUCCGUCGCCUUGAUUAUGUGGGAGAUUGCGCAGGUGUGCUGCCAGCCAGCCGGCGAGACACCGUGCUAUAUUCUACCCUACUCUCAUCGUGUGCCGGCUGAUCCCACGCUAGAGGACAUGCAUCGCACUGUGUGCAUUGAUAAGGCCAGGCCACCGCUGCCCAGUCGAUGGCGAAUGGAUGAUACCCUGGCCAUUGUUCAUCGCUUGAUCAGCGCGUGCUGGAAGGAGGAUGGUGCCAGUCGAUUCACCAGCAAGCGCAUCUACUUGAAUAUUCAGGAUGUGCAGACAGACGCUGACUCGGGUGAGACGGCAGUGUAACCGCCCGGCAGCCAGAGUCCUGAACUUGCACAUGCGGUGUCGUGAUAACUUGUACAGUCACGCAGGCCGCAUGCAAGGAAAUGGUGGAGAAAUGUCUGAUACAGAGUAGAUAAUAAUAAUAUAUCGAGUGUACUUCCGAAUCCCUCCACCAGUAUAAUUAUGUGUUUGGUAACUGAGGUGAAGGAGUGACCACUACACGUACAUGUGUGUACGAACUGCUUGCUCUGAAGUACUGCCCCUGAUAGUCGAGAAUUGGCAUGUGUGCAUGGUUUGGAUUCUAGUAGAAUUGUAAGUAAUAGUUCUAACAGUUUGAGUAUGAGCAAUCUCAGUAUGUUCGCUGAGCUUGGCUUCUUGGCAGUCUGAGGACUUCACUGAUAAUUUGAUUUUAUAUUUCUGGCAGUAUUUUUUCGUAUUAUUUGUACCAAUACUUGAAUUUGUCACCGACCAGUCAUGACGUCAGUCACCUGCAUGACUAUGGUGAUUUUGUCAGCUAUGCUGACUUUUUUGUGCUUUCAAUUAGAAGUUGAGCACUCUGGCAAGGUAUGUCUGACUUUGGGAAUUUCCUUUUCCUCCGGCAUUGCCAUUGCCCCUAGA